AUGGAGCUCAAUCCUGCGUACUACCAACCUGGAAAUUCAAGACCGAUCUGGGGACUGGCAGAUCCUCUGCCACGAAUCGUACGUCCCGGUACCAAGCCGUCAGAUGAGGAGGUUAAAUCCGGCAGAUUAAGGCAGGACGCGCUGCAGCCUACCGAAUCGCAAAUGGAACAAGGCUAUGGUCUGAGGUUAGACCUGAAGAAAAUGAUCCAGGACAUUCAUGACGCGACCAGAGAUAGGGAAGAAAAGUAUGCUGAAAAACAUGGUAAGAACCAACGCCACCAAGACCUCAGCGAAGAUGACGAUGAGAAGGAGGAUGAGGAGGUCAAUGACGAAGACGUCGAAGCUACACAUUGUCAAGGAGAGGAAGACCAAGUAUCAUUGAACAACAUUCGAGAAGAGCUCCACAAUCACCACACGCUAUGGGCGGUGUUCAGGACCAAACUUCGUGAGCCUCUUGCCGAAGUUCUCGCCGUGAGUCUGAUCGCUUGUCUCACCUUAUCUCGAUCUCUAAUCGAUUUAGGUGUUUGUUUUGAUGACGAUCGGUAUCUGUGCCAAUGUAGCACAUAA